UUACCUAAUCUCACGUACGUGUGCAUUUUUAAAAAUAUCCACCAGUUCCUAGUUUAAAGUUAGCGAGCGAGUAUCUUUUAUUUUUUAUUCGGUCAAUUGUUGGUAUCUACCUUCAAAAUCAUGAAGUACCUGGUGCUUUUUACUGUUGUUGCGGCUUUAUUCGUUACUGGAGAAUCUCUACAAUGUUACGAGUGUAACAAGGAUAAAUGUGAUAAGGCGUCAUUGAAAACUCCAGUGAAUUGUACAGGAACAGAUAACUUUUGUUUCAAACAAAUAGUAACUCUGACCGAUAAAACUACUGUCACUCAGCGCGCGUGUUAUUCUCCGGCCAAAGUAGCUGAGGGAAUCGCAAACCUAACAAAUACUGUUUCCACUGAAGUACACUUUUGUAACAAAGAUUCUUGUAAUAGUGUAGGAACCUUCACUGCAUCAUUAUCCAUCGUGUUUGUUACUUCGAUCGCAUUGAUGUUUGCCAGCGAUAGAUGGUAAUUUAUUCAAAUUGCCACGCUAAUUGAAUUAUAAAAAAUGUAUUCUCAAGAAGUAUUUAAAUACAUAGUAAACCGAAAAUUAAUGUUACAUACGUUUAUACUCGGAUUAUGAUACUAAAUAAAUUGGUCAAAAUUUAUUCCAUAAAAUUAUUUUUAAAAAUAUACAAAUAGAUUUUCAAAUGGAUGUAAAUGUAGAACUGAAUUCAAAUUUCUAUAUGCGUAUAUAAUAUAGCAUGCGACUGUAUUUUUACUUGAUUGUAACUUGGAUAAAUAAAUAUAUAAAUAGAAAUUUCGUUAUUUCAAUCGACAGAAUCAACCCGCAUGGAAAAACUAUAUAUGGUCGAACAUAUAUUGAUAUAUGAUGAAUAUAUGACCAUAUAUAACGGAAAAAUUAUAUAUAUAUAAUUAUAUAUGUUUACUCAAUAUAAUAAUGAUAUAUGUGACGAUAUAACUUCAAAUGUAUUACUGCCAUAUAUUUCCAUAUCUGUUGCAAAAUAUAAUGUAACAAUAUAAUAAUUUUUUAUAUGUGAAAGUAUAUAAUGUAAAGUAUAUGAUGAGAUAUAUUAUUGCUAUAUAAUACUAUGUAUAUUUUACUACAUAUAUACCCUCAUAAAGUAUCACAAUAUAACUUGCCAUAUAUAUACUACCGCAUAUUCAUGGUAAUAUAUUAUUGCUAUAUAUCACUAUGUAUAAUCCUACAUAUAUGUGAUAUAUGAUAAUAUUAUUCAUUUUUCUAAUGGAUUCAUCCGAUUCUAAAAUCAAUUCAAUAAUCGAUUUCAAUAUACUGUUCACCCUAUACUGUGAAAUAUAAUAUAUAUUAUAUAUCGAAUCAUAUACUAUUCCGAAUAUAAUACAAGUUAUAUAUCUGCGAAUAAUAAAAUAUAUAUCUUACUGGUAUAUUAAAUGUUAUAUGUUUAAUGUUAUAUCAAAAAUGUAUGACAUCAUUAUAUAAUAUGUUAUACAAUAAUCAAUAUAUGACUAAUAUAUUUAAUAAGCGGCAAAAUUUUAUAUAUCUAAUUAUAUAUGUUUACUCAAUAUAAUUAUGAUAUAUGUGACGAUAUAACUUCAAAUGUAUUACUGCCAUAUAUUUCCAUAUAUGUUGCAAAAUAUAAUGUAACAAUAUAAUAAUUUUUUAUAUGUGAAAGUAUAUGAUGUAAAGUAUAUGAUGAGAUAUAUUAUUGCUAUAUAAUACUAUGUAUAUUUUACUACAUAUAUACCCUCAUAAAGUAUCACAAUAUAACUUGCCAUAUAUAUACUACCGCAUAUUCAUGGUAAUAUAUUAUUGCUAUAUAUCACUAUGUAUAAUCCUACAUAUAUGUGAUAUAUGAUAAUAUUAUUCAUUUUUCUAAUGGAUUCAUCCGAUUCUAAAAUCAAUUCAAUAAUCGAUUUCAAUAUACUGUUCAUCCUAUACUGUGAUAUAUAAUAUAUGUUAUAUAUCGAAUCAUAUACUAUUCCGAAUAUAAUACAAGUUAUAUAUCUGCGAAUAAUAAAAUAUAUAUCUUACUGGUAUAUUAAAUGUUAUAUGUUUAAUGUUAUAUCAAAAAUGUAUGACAUCAUUAUAUAAUAUGUUAUACAAUAAUCCAUAUAUGAUAUAUAUUUAAUAAGCGGCAAAAUUUUAUAUAUUUGCUCAUAUAUAAUUUUAUCUAUUUUUAUAUAUGCAAAGUAUAAUUCUCGGUAUAUGAUCAGCUAUAUAUAGCUUCUUUAUGCGGGCGUGAUAAGAGCUUCAACUGACAUGCAGAAGGAUCCAGGUUCGAGCCCCUAUAACGAUGAAUAAUUUUUCACCGUUAAAAAAAUUAAUAAUCUAUUAAUCAGUUUUUGAUUUUCAAAUUUUAUUUUCCGCCCAAAAAAAAGUGACCGCUUUUUCGAGCUCGUAAACAGCGAGAAGUUUUAGGAUUGGCCUGAAAACUGCAUUUCAAAUUAUUUCUUUCUAAGUUACUUUUUCAUUAUAUAUUACAAUUUAAUUUCUAAUAAUGUAGCAAUAAUAGUUUAACCUCAGUAAUAAAAAUACAAACUAAUUA